AUGACAUUUGGCGCUUGUAAUGUGCGCACACUUCUUGACCGUGAAGAAAAUGCCUGCCCUGAGCGGAAAACUGCCAUCGUAGCUCGGGAACUAAGCCGAUAUAAUAUUGAUGUGGCUGCACUCAGCGAAACACACCUCCCCGAUGAAGGAGAGCUGGUAGAAUACGGCGGCGGGUAUACUUUCUUAUGGAAAGGACUCGCUUCCUCAGAGCCGCGAAGGUCUGGUGUAGGCUUUGCUGUCAAGAACUACCUUGCUGCUCAACUACAAGAAUACCCCGUACACAUCUCGGACCGCAUUACCACAUUGCGCCUUUACAUGGGACGUGAAAACUAUCUUAAUGUCAUCCGUGUCUAUACCCCUACGCUAGACAAGUCUGAUGAAAUUAAGGACAAUUUUUAUGAAGAAUUGACGCGGUGCAUAGAUCGUAUCCGUCCAAGGGAGCAAAUCCUUCUCUUGGGCGACUUUAGUCCCCGAGUAGGACGAGAUUAUGACGCCUGGCCUAAAGUUCUGGGCAGACAUGGUGUUGGUAAAAUGAACAGCAGCGGCCGACUGUUGCUUAGUUUUUGUGCACAAUUAGAUCUUGCAAUUACAAAUACUAUGUUCAGAUUACCUGCCAACUACAAAGCAACGUGGAUGCACCCCAGAUCGAAGCAUUGGCACCUUAUCGAUUAUGCUAUCGUGCGUCAAAAAGACAUCUCUCAAGUCCUAGUCACCCGUGUCAUGCGUGGUACUCACUGUUGGACUGAUCACAGGCUUGUUGUUAUUAAAUUAAGUCUUCGUCUUCCACGUCCUUGUAGAUCUGAAAGAUCUAAACAGAUACGUCUGAACCUUGAACGACUCCAAGAUACUAACACGAGGGCUAAAUAUGCCGAAACCUUGAGCACUGAUCUGCAGCCCCUCGAUCUAAAAUCAGGUGAGAUCAAUACUGUCUGGGAGUCUCUAUCUUCUCAUCUUCUCGACACUGCUAAAUCUACUUUAGGUUUGAGAGUUCGAAAACAUGAGGACUGGUUUGAUGAUAAUGAUGGGGUACUUACGGACGCUAUUGAUAAACACCGUAAGCUCCUAAAGCAGCACAGUAGAACAUCAGAGUGGAAGUGUUAA